AGCCAAGUCAGGGCUGGGAGGAGCACACAGGGAGUGGAGGAGAGAACAUUACUAUCAGUCCUCACCAAACACUGGGACUGCCAACUACAGAUCACUGGACUGAGCACAGCACUGCUCCCAUUCUCAUACAUCGCUACAGAUCACAGCCUGACACUGGCAGCAAACUAUGGGACUGACAGCUCCCACACACCUACCUUGGAUCAUCUACAUCAUUACAGAUCUGCUGCUCUAAAGCACUGUGUAUAGUAUUACCACUACUUUGGAUUUCUACAGAUAUCUAGCCUGGAAUACUGGGCUUUCCUGUCUUCAUUGCCUCCUACCUCCUAGGAAGACCCCCUGGGACUAAAAUCACCUACCAAUUCUUUGGGGAUAAAUGAUGAUCUGCUUGGUGUAACCUGCAAACUAUAGAAAAAUUACCAGGUACUCUCUCCAUCAUGCUCCAAGUGGGGAUCAUCCUGCUCCUUUCACAUGCUGUUGACUUCCUAUCUGCAAACUCUGUGGAACCAAUUGAUUGCAUCUUGGCUGAAGAGAAGUGUUUAAAAGAUUCUCCCUGCAAAGCCAGCUACUAUGAUUACAAGAACUGUUCCGGAACAGAUGUGAUGGACCAAGUCAAUUCUGUAAAGUGUAAAGAAGCAGCUGACAUUCUUUCCCAGAAUUCUGUAAUGCAAUGCAAGUGUCAACGAUUGAAGAGGGAAGAGCAUUGCUUGAAUAUUUACUGGGCUCUUCACCCAGAUUAUGUUCCCGGUUACAUGGAUUCAAAUGACUCUCCAUAUGUAGAUGAGCAAGUAGACAAAAAGGGGGCAAAUGAACACGCCCGCCUGGCCGCUGAGUCUGACAAAUACAGUGAGACAAAUGAUUGUUUAAAAGAAGCAAAUAUUUGCAGUUCCAAUCAAAGAUGCUCCAGAUACAGGAGUGAUUAUGUGAUAAACUGUGCUAGCAUGGAUCCCAAUGGCUCGUGUGACCAACAAAAAUGUCACCAUUAUCUCCGAGAAUUCUUUAAAAAAGUGCCAAUGGAAUUUACAAAGAGGAUUUUAUUUUGCCAGUGCAACCAGGAUAGUAACUGUGCAGAACGCAGGCGAAAAAACAUUGUACCUAAAUGUUCUUUCGAGGAAAAAGUCAAGAAAAACUGCCUGGAGCUCCGCGACACCUGUCUGAGAAAUAAUUUAUGCAAAUCACGUUUUCUUGACUACCAAAAGCACUGUCAGCUCCUUAACAAAAAGAAGGAUAGAUGCCCUCAAGAAAAUCACAGUCAAUGUAUACAGUCUUACAUCAGGAUGAUAGGUACUGUAAUGACCCCAAACUUUAUUACUAACUCGACUAUGGAGACAUCCCUGUGGUGCACUUGUGAAGGAAGCGGAGAUCAAGAGGUUGACUGCAAGAACAUUCUCACAAUGUUUACAUCUAACAAGUGUCUUAAAAGCGCAAUUAAGAUGGAGAUUAACAACAGCAACGCAAUAGAUAUGGAUUCUGAGCUGGCAAAUCCUUUCACAGAUAAGGUUUCCGGUCUGCCAGUUUUCCCGUCAAUAAAGGGGCAGGUGGAAGAAGGACGCACCAUGCAAGUCCUUCCUGUCAAGACAAAACAGGCAUCAAGUACAGCACCUGGAGGUUCAUCUCUGAAUACAGCUUUGACACUGAGUACAACAUUGUUUAUCGUUUUGAAAGUUAUGCUAUCUAUAUGAGCUUAGAGACACUGCAUCUAAGAUGAAUGCUACAGAACAAUCAUUAUGGACAUGUUGGUUUUGGCUCUCCUACUGGGCUAGAAAGAAACACCUGGAAAAUUCAUCAGUAUACGAGCUGUGUUUUUCAACCUUGUACUAAAUGACUGCAGACGAAGACAUGGAGAUCAACUGGCUUGUGUCAACAACUAACGGCCACCCACGUCAAAGACUUGUGAAAAGCAAGACAUUUAGAGAAGGUGUGGAGUGGCCAUAUAUUAUUUGUGUUCUACUGUAGCCAGUACACUGCUGGGACCUGGCAGGCAGCUUGUUCUACAUUUACACUGACUGGUAAUUCUACUGGAAGGAAGGCGAUGCAACAGGAACAUUUAUGGACACUGUGUUGAUCUAAAAAAGAGCUAAAUCCUGUUCCGCUUUUGUAAUUUCAGGCUGUACGUCUUAAUAUUAAUAAUAAUAGUCAUAUAACCUGUAGACUUCUAUCAAUUGUAAAAACUGAGACAGUGACAUCCGUGUAAUUUUCCUACACCACACUAGAAGGCUAAAUAUGAUGUGAAUUUUAAGGCUGGGUUCACAUCUCUGCGAUGCACUAGUACACAUGUGUUGCCGUAUGCUUUUACGCCUGUUACCGUGCAUUGCGUCAGGGCAGCUUAUUCAUCUGAAUGGGUUGCCUACCACAUCUACAUCGCACCAAGGAAGUGCAUGACUCUUUUUUUUUUAAAUUGCUCCACGCCAAAACAAAUGAUACUUUAUGACCAUAAAUUUCGUCACGCACUUUAGCGAAGGUGCAUUACGAUUCCAUUAAAAUGCUUGUGAUUUUGAGCACGUUCCUGCAUCGCACAAGUGUGAACAGAGUCGUAAUAUGUCCAAGACAGUGUUAGUUAUCUUUUGACAAAUUGCAGUAAUAAUUAUUUUUUGCUCUAAAACCUCUGGAAAGGAACUAUAAGUGGCUACAGACCUCGGGUGACAGCUGGCUGUGCAUGUAUGAUCUGGCUGCUAAACAAUAUUUCUUCUAUAGAUAGUUUUUUUUUUUUUUAAACAUUCAGAAAAGUUGUAGGUGCGAAGGAAAGAGAUAUCACUUGUGUGCCGCUUAUCUCAGGCAAUAGCAAUCAGAUGUACAACUCUUACCUAGCUGAUAACUUUAUACCCUGAGAAUUUUGGCCCAGGUAUGUUUGCUGGGGUGAAUGAUGGCAUACAGACAAAAGACCGUUAUCACAUACCUGCAGCAUCUUCUAAUACCCUAAAUUUGCUGUUAAAUGCUAGGCUGUUCUCACAAGCAAAGCUGUAAAUUGUUCCUAUCAUCCCUUCACUAUGAUGGGUUGCCUUACAGGCAAGUGGAAAUGUACUGCAGACAAAAAGGGACUUGCUUCUGGAAAUGCAACAAAUUUACCUGGUAAGUGGCCCAGCUUUCAGACAUGAAUGAAGGGUAUUAGAGGCUUUUUCAGGUUUCUGCAGUACGACUACAGGCGGUCCCCCAGUUACAAACAUCCGACUUACAAACGACUCCUGCUUAGAAAUGGAAGGAGACAACAGGAAGUGAGAGGAAAUCUAU